CACUGGUGCCAGUAUGACCUCAAAUGACUCACGCCUGGGUCCUAGAGAGCCCAUUUCUCGUGGCUGGCUGCUCUUAGCUUCAGCGGCCAGCGGCCUCUUCUGCUUCACUUCUCACGCUCUCCUUCCUUCCCUCACUCAUCCCCGUCCUCACCCUGUACUCUGCUCAGUGGAUUGUAAUCAGCCCAGUCACUCCUCGAGCCAGCGAAUCCAGCCACCCGCAGGAGGGUCCCACAUCAGGAAACUUACCCUUCCACGCUUUUGUAGAGAGAGUGCCCUUCUCCGUGGCAGGAGGGAAUUCCAUAACUAUUAGGCCUUGUGAUUAGUUUGGGGGAACUAAUGGGAGAAGGAAGUUUGAACAGAGAAAAAUCUCUUCGUAAGACUCGUCCUCCCUCUGCAGUCCCUGGGCACGCCCCUCCUCUGGGCAUCUCUACAGGAUUUCAUCCCUCCGUCCAACUGCCGUUCACAACUGCCCUUUCCAACUGCUCCAGAACUCUUGGCCCUGGCGUUCUGUGAUGUAAAUUAUUCCACGCAUGGCUUGAAAUGGGUGAGAAGCAGGGUUGCCAGGUGUCGGAUCACUAGUUUGUCAUGGAUGAUGACGAUGACUCCUGUCUCCUCGAUCUUAUUGGAGACCCACAGGCAUUGAACUAUUUUCUGCACGGACCUAGCAGUAAAUCGAGCAGCGAUGAUGUGGCGAACGCAGGGUAUUCUGCAGCCAAUUCUAAUUCGAUUUUCGCCAACUCCACGAAUGCUGACCCUAAAUCGUCCCUCAAAGGUGUGAGUAGCCAGCUUGGAGAAGGGCCCAGUGACGGGCUCCCGCUUGCAAGCAGCCUUCAGUUUCUUGAAGAUGAACUUGAAUCUUCUCCUCUCCCUGAUCUCAGCGAGGACCAACCCUUUGACAUUCUUCAGAAAUCCUUGCAGGAGGCUAAUAUCACUGAACAGACAUUGGCGGAAGAGGCGUACCUGGAUGCCAGUCUAGGCUCAAGCCAGCAGUUUGCACAGGCCCAGCUGCAUCCUUCUUCAUCAGCAUCCCUCACUCAGGCUUCUAAUGUUUCUAAUUACUCAGGUCAGACACUGCAGCCCAUCGGGGUGACUCACGUGCCUGUGGGAGCAUCGUUUGCAAGCAAUACAGUGGGUGUGCAGCAUGGCUUUAUGCAACACGUGGGGAUCAGUGUUCCCAGCCAGCAUUUGCCUAAUAGCAGCCAGAUCAGUGGCUCCGGUCAGAUACAGUUAAUCGGGUCCUUUGGUAAUCAGCCUUCCAUGAUGACUAUUAAUAACCUAGAUGGCUCUCAAAUCAUAUUGAAAGGCAGUGGGCAGCAAGGCCCAUCCAAUGUGAGUGGGGGGCUUCUGGUUCACAGACAGACUCCUAAUGGCAACUCUUUGUUUGGGAACUCCACGCCCAGUCCCGUGGCACAGCCUGUCACUGUCCCGUUUAACAGCACAAAUUUCCAAGCAUCUUUACCUGUGCAUAACAUCAUUAUUCAAAGGGGCCUCGCACCAAAUUCAAAUAAAGUCCCAGUUAAUAUCCAGCCAAAGCCGAUCCAGAUGGGUCAGCAGAGCACGUACAACGUGAACAACCUUGGAAUCCAGCAACACCAUGUACAGCAAGGGAUCUCCUUCGCCUCCGCAAGCUCACCCCAGGGCUCUGUGGUUGGUCCACACAUGUCUGUGAACAUUGUCAACCAACAGAACACAAGAAAGCCUGUUACCUCACAGGCUGUGAGCAGUGCAGGGGGCAGCAUUGUCAUCCAUUCCCCCAUGGGCCAGCCUCACACGCCCCAAAGUCAGUUCCUUAUACCCACAAGCCUUUCUGUCAGCUCCAACUCCGUACACCAUGUCCAGACUAUAAAUGGGCAGCUUCUUCAGACUCAGCCCUCCCAGCUCAUCUCUGGCCAAGUGGCCUCCGAGCAUGCCAUGUUGAAUAGGAAUUCUUCUAACAUGCUCAGGACCAGCCAACCAUAUUCUGGACAGAUGCUUAACAACCAGAAUACCGCCGUCCAGCUGGUGUCUGGACAGACUUUUGCCACCUCUGGAAGUCCAGUGAUAGUCAACCAUGCCUCUCCUCAGAUUGUUGGAGGACAGAUGCCCUUGCAGCAGGCCUCACCCACCGUGUUACACCUGUCACCUGGGCAGAGCAGUGUUUCCCAAGGAAGGCCAGGCUUCCCUACCAUGCCCUCAGUGAGCAGCAUGUCAGGACCUGCUCGGUUCCCUGCUGUCAGCUCAGCUAGCACUGCCCACCCUACUCUUGGGCCUACGGUGCAGUCUGGGACAUCAGGAUCAAACUUUACAGGAGACCAGCUGACACAAGCGAACAGAACUCCAGUACCCGGCAGUGUGUCCCACCGUCUUCCAGUCUCUGCUUCCAAAUCCCCCAGCACCUUGAGCAGCACCCCGGGGCCCCAGCAGCAGUUCUUCUGUCAGGCCCAGAAAAAGUGUUUGAACCAGACCUCCCCCAUUCCCACGUCCAAGCCCACAGAAGGCCUGAGGCAAUCACAGAUCCCUGGGCUCCUGAGCACAGCACUGCCAGGACAGGAUUCUGGAAGCAAAAUUCUGCCAGCGCCCUUGGGGACCACACAGCCGCAGCAGGAAAACUCCGUGGGGUCAUCCCCGAGCCAGACAGCUGUGCAGGUGGACAGUCAUUCAGGACAGAAAAGGCCUGCUGCCAAACAGCUGACUAAAGGAGCUUUUAUCCUUCAGCAGUUACAGAGGGACCAAGCCCACGCUGUGACGCCCGACAAAAGCCAGUUCCGAUCACUAAAUGACACAGCACAGAGGCUGCUCUCCUACCACGUGUGCCAGGGCUCCAUGCCCACGGAGGAAGACCUGAGGAAAGUGGACAAUGAAUUUGAAGAAGUUGCCACUCAGCUCCUCAAAAGGACCCAAGCUAUGCUGAACAAAUACAGAUUCCUGCUCCUAGAAGAUGCCAUGAGGAUCAACCCUUCUGCAGAGGUGGUGAUGAUUGACAGGAUGUUCAACCAGGAGGAAAGGGCUUCGCUGUCACGGGACAAGCGUCUGGCGCUCGUAGACCCCGAGGGUUUUCAGGCCGAUUUCUGUUGUUCCUUCAAACUUGACGAAGCUGCACCUGAGACACCACUUGACAGGAGUGACCAGCAUCGCAGCAAAACCAGCUCGCUCCAUCAGGCGCCCAGAGGCCAAAGCAGAGACCGAGCCAAGCCAGGCAUGGCAGAAACAACGAAUCAUGACCAGUUUCAUCUAGUGCCUAACCACAUCGUGGUCUCUGCAGAGGGGAACAUUUCUAAAAAGUCAGAAGGCCACAGUAGAACACUGAAAUUUGACAAAGGGGUCUUAGGCCAAUACCGGGGUCCGCCUGAGGACAAGGGCGGCCGGAGGGACCCUGCCAAGGCCAGCGGGUGCUCUCCGGGGCCCGAGGGCCACCGCAAGGCCUUGCCCAGGCCGGAUCAUGGCUCUGAGAGCAAGCUCCCGGGCGUCCUGGCCAGCUCUCACAUGGAGAUGCCGUGCCUCGACUCCUUCCAGGACAAAGCCCUGAGGAAUUCCCCAAAGAAUGAAGUUUUACACACAGACAUCAUGAAAGGGUCGGGGGAGCCCCAGCCAGAUCUCCAGCUCACCAAGAGCCUAGAGAAAACCUUUAAGAACAUCCUGGAACUCAAGAAUUCGGGGCGGCCGCAGAGCGACCCUGCGGCCAGCGGCGCGGUGGACCUGGACUUCCCCAGCUUCUCUCCAAUGGCCUCGCAGGAAAACUGCCUGGAAAAGUUCAUCCCGGGCCACAGUGAAGGCGUUGUAGAAACAGACUCCAUUUUAGAAGCAGCUGUAAAUAGUAUCCUAGAGUGUUAAUAGCAGCCGUCCUUCCCCAGACCCUUCCCGGACCAGUUACAUUCUCUCCCAGCAAAGCAAACGGAAGCGUCUCCUGUCCCCAGCCUGCUCGGGCCUCCAUCACAGGUUAACCUUUCUAAUCUCCACCCUGUUCUUUUGAAGAGCAAUACUUGUAGUCGUGGCUGCAGGGAGACCCCUCAGUGCACCCACCUCUCUCUAGAAAGCAGUCCGAUAGGCCCUCCACAUUUCAAGUGUUAUGAAAGUGCUUACGGCCGCUGUUCGUUAAUUUGUUUUGUGGUUUGUUUCUUAGCACUGUCGCUUAAGACCACAGUACACUUGGCCCUGGGUAAAAUUUUGACAAUCAUUAGUCAUUUCAAAAGAACAGACUUAUUAAAGAAAAAUCAAACAGGACUGACAGAAGCCACUUUCUUAAAGACUCUCUCACUGCAGCUCCAAAGUAGUGGUUUGGUUUUGUUCUGUUUCGGGGGGAGAGGGUAUUUGCAUAGGGAAGACCCCAUGACUCUCCUCCCUGCUCGGCCCUCUGAGCAAUGGGUAGCCAGUGCUCUGCGUGCACCCCCACGGCCCUGGCCUAAGACGCCAGUAGCAUAGCCGCAGAGCGCCCUCCUGAAGUCCAGUGCUCUGGGAUGCUGCUGAAACAAAACCUUUUGUGUUUUUAAGCACAUUCAUGUUGAAUUCUGUCUGCAAAUGUCCUGUUCUUAGUCCCAGGUGUACACCUUGAAAUCCUCCCAGGCUCAGUAGGGAGCUUUGGGAACCAGUUACAGGCAGCGCUGGGGAGGCUGCUGGAGCCACCAUGGUUUCCAGGGUCUCCGUGUGUGCGGCUUAAAGAGUUGUGCAUUUUAUAAUCGGGUGGAAUCAACAUAACCUAUGUUCUUUAUUGUUGCUGAGUUCUGUUCAGUGUGACCUCUUGUCCCCUCCCCCUCAGCCCCUCCCCCUCAGCCAAGCAUCAAAAGGCUUUCACUUGAAAACUGUUGUACUCUCAGUUGAAGCUUUUGAAGGGGACUUUGGCCUUGUUUGUGAGAAUAGUAGUCAACAUUGUAUCAGUCAUUCCUGUACCUAGUAAACCAAAGUCAGACCAGCAGGCCACUGAUGGAAGGGACUGAGGCAGGAGGGACAGGGCCAUGUCCUGGCCGUUCCCACUGUGGGUGGUUCAUGUUCACCAUAGUGACCCUUCCUCUUUGUAAUUUAUGUUCUUUUCGGGGAGCAGACCCAAGUUCCCUCCGUGUGGGCCUGUACCAGGGCGCGCUUCUGUUUCUCCUUGCUUUCCUCAUGUUGGAGCAGGUCACGGUGCUGUGUUUGCAAUCCUCUCCCACCAUCUCCAUCCGAGCCUCUGGGAUCUAGAGGUCGUUUGGUUACUGUGAGGGCUCGUCCCUCUGUCCAUCCCCCAGGCUGUGUGAACGUUUGGUUACUGUGAGGGCCCGUCCCUCUGUCCAUCCCCCAGGCUGUGUGAACGCAUCCACUGUUGGUUUCUGCUUCAUUACACCCCAAAUGGAGUUGUCCCCGUGGUCAUCAUGUGUAGUAUUUCUUUUCCAGAUUGGCCUGCAAUGGAAAGGAAGGCUUUUGAUUUUGAUUUUUAUCUUUUUUCAGAUAACACAGCAACAAUCUAGGCAUGUUGGCAUACACCUGUAAUCCCAGCAGUCAGGUGACUGAAGCAGGAGAGUCAUGGGUUCAAGGCCAGCUUGGGCUAUAUAACACACCCCUGUCUCAAACACAGAAGAAGAAAAAAAUUGAGCAUAGCAGACUGUAUGGACCUUUUCUACCCGUCUGUCCACUACACAAACCGACUGUGAGGCAGCCAGCCUUUGAGAGUGAUGUACCUUCCCCGCCCACAGCCCAGCCUUUGAGAGUGAUGUACCUUCCCCGCCCACAGCCCAGCCUUUGAGAGUGAUGUACCUCCCCGCCCACAGCCCAGCCAACUGAAAUGGGAAACUCUGGGCUGCUUAGAGUUGUCCUUUUCUCCCUUUUCUGUGCCAAUGUCCAAGUUGCUGACUUCCUUCCUGUAUUAUAACACAUUAGAAAGAUGAGUUGUUUGCCAGGUAGAACUCUCUGUCUGGGCUGCCCUGGGUUAACUGCCUGCCCUGAUCUUCUCAUGGCCUCAUGGUUGCUAUUCAAGAUGGCCCCUGGAUGCCUGCACACGGCUACGAAUGAAUUACUUUAAUUUUGCAAAUCAGUGGAAUUCUUAAGAGACAAGGAAAGUCUCGUGUAUAUUUGUUACCUCUUUCCUCCAGCCCCAGCCCCGACAUUCUCUCCUUUAUGUCAAAUUACAGGGCUCCUCAUCCCUGACGCUGGUCCCACACAUGGAGAGCCUACCUUACCAAAAUGAAACUUGUAAAUUUUUGUGUCUUUGUAUGUAAGUUUUCUUUUUAUGGAGGAAAGACUCUAGAUAAUGACAAAUGAAGAUUACAAAGUGUAUUUUACUCCUGUGAUUAGGUUACACCACAUGGGCCAUAACUCGCUCACAAGCCCCCGCUGGUGAAGGGAAGCGCCCUGUCUCAGUGGCCAGCGGUCGGUGGUUCAGGGUCAUUUAGUCAGUUGAGUUUUAGAACGAGUGCUCAGUAACGAAAAUCAUUUUUUCUUCCCUUUGUUUUUAAUCUGUUUGUUGUUGUGGAAAAGUAUGAACUUGUUAUUACGCAUUGAUUUUCUGUGUCCUUAAGUACUGCCUAAAGAUGAAGAAAAUUUGAACUGGCAAUUACGAUAAGGAAAUCCUUUAGCUCUGGAGAAUUUAGUAGACUCUGUUAGAUUAGGGAGGCCUCACAGGCUGGCCAGCUCCGAGGACGGUCACUCACUGUCAGUGUGGUGUGGGCUUUAUUUGCUUAAAUACCUUCAUUUGUAUAGUAUGUCUCACUUGAAAUUGCUUUGUAUACAUUUUGUAAAAAUAUUUAUAAAAUGUUUUGUAAAAAAAAAAAAAGUAUAACAAAUUGCAGUUUAUUUUGUUAUGUUGGAUAAAUACUGUUAAACCAGUCAGUACUAUAUUGUUAAUCCAUGGUUAGGAACUGUUCAGUUGGAGAUUACAAAAUGAAACAACCAUUGCAAUACAGCCAAAGAUUUGGGAAAAUGUGUAA